UGGGAACUCCCCUCUUCAGUCGCGUUGCCAUCGGCCACUGUUGCGUUCCAGCUGGUUCGUUCUCCAACGACGGCAGCCUUUCAAAUAGCCAGGUGUUCUCUCAUGAGUUUUAUCCUGCGGCCAACUUGACUGUUCGCUUUACAGAAUCUAUUGGGGAUUUUAAAGGAAGUGCCGCAAGUGCCAACUGCUCGACAGUUUGGCACUCAUGAUUUUCACAGUGAUUUUUGUGUGAUAGUUUGAUAUCCAAAGGUUACCUUCCCGCGCCAAAGAAGAUGGCGUACAUGGGCAUGAGCCAGCACAUCGACUUCGACAACCUACCCGACCCCAAUACCCGGUUCGAACUCCUGGAGGUCAUCGGAGAAGGAACUUACGGAGAGGUCUUCGCUGCCAAGGAUCAUGACACAGGGCAAUCUGUGGCCAUCAAGAUCAUGGAGAACAUCGGGGAGAACCUGGAGGAGAUUGAGGAGGAGUACCUGAUCCUGAAGGACCUUAGUCUGCAUCCGAACCUCCCAGCCUUCCAUGGCAUCUUCCUCAAGAAAGGCCCCAAGAUGGAGGAGGACCAGGCCUGGAUUGUCAUGGAGCUCUGCCCCAGGGGUUCCGUGACCGACCUCGUUCAAGCCCUUAUCAGGAGAGGUCAACGCUUAACGGAGGAACAAAUUGGUUACAUCCUGAAGGAGACGAUUGAUGCUAUGGUUUACCUACACGAAAAUCACUGCAUGCACAGAGACAUCAAGGGUCACAAUAUUCUCCUGACGAAUCACGGCGCCAUCAAAUUAGUCGACUUCGGAGUGAGUUCUCAUCUCUCUUCCACCUGGGGAAGGCGCAACACCUCCGUGGGGACGCCAUAUUGGAUGGCCCCAGAAGUCAUCGCCUGCGAACAGCAGCUCGAUUACAGCUACGACGUCCGCUGUGACGUCUGGUCCCUGGGAAUCACAGCCCUUGAACUGGCCGAUGGCGAACCGCCCCUUUCCGAGAUCCAUCCCAUGAGGGCACUUUUCCAGAUCCCAAGAAAUCCUCCGCCACAGCUAGAUCGACCCGUGGAGUGGUCUCUGCAGUUCAACGACUUUAUAUCCGAGUGUCUGGUGAAGGAUUUCGAGCAGAGGCCGAUAGCCAAAGAGCUCCUGCAUCACCCUUUUAUCAAGAAUGUUCCCCACAACCCCGAGGAGAUUCGCAGAGGUCUGGUGCUACUUCAGAAUGAUCUUCGUAAACACAACCAGCUCAUCCAUAAAGAUCCAGAAGCUACAAUUAAAGGCGGUGCCCUCAAGGCAGAUCGUAAGACAAAGAGAACCCCAUUAUGGAUGGAUGACCUUGCUUGUCUAGAAAAGCUUUCUGAGGAGGUCAUUGUCGAUCACCUCUUCCGAAGAUACAAGACUGGUCAGAUCUACACAUACAUGGGUGAUAUUCUGAUCGCUGUCAAUCCAUUUAAGGAAUUGGGUGUCUAUGGGGAUAAGGAAUCUCACCUGUACCGUGGCAUGGUGAAAAGUGAGAACCCUCCCCAUAUAUUUGCCAUGGCAGACAACUCUUACCACAAUAUGCUCCACCAUAAGAUGCCACAAUGUAUCGUUAUCUCUGGAGAGUCAGGUGCUGGCAAGACAGAGAGUGCCAAUUUCCUCCUGAAGCACCUCGUCACAUUAGGCAAGGUAAAUCCAAGGAUUAUAGACCAAGCACCCAACAGAAAUCUCGAAGACAAGAUCUUACAAGUCAAUCCAAUUAUGGAGGCAUUUGGAAAUGCCAAAACUGGAAUUAACGACAAUUCGUCCAGGUUUGGAAAAUACUUGGAACUGACAUACACUCGUCAGGGCAAGAUCACUGGUGCCAAGAUUUCUGUUUAUCUCCUUGAACAAUCGAGAGUUGUUCACCACCAACAAGGUGAGCAGAGUUUCCACAUCUUUUAUUACUUGCACGAUGGCCUUGAAGAUGAAAAUAAACUGAUGCAGUAUUGCCUUGACAAAAACAAGCGUGACAAGCAUCGCUAUCUGUCAGGCACUAACUGGAGCAAGACUGGAAGUGAGUACAAUGUCCAGCAGUUCCAGAAGGUCGUGGAAGGGCUGAAGUCAAUAGGUUUCAAAGAUGAUGAACUAGAUUCUGUAUAUAGGAUCCUUGCUGCUGUGAUAAACUUGGGAGAUGUUGAUUUUUACCAGACUAUUGAUAAAGAUAACAUGGAACAAGCUGCUGUCAAAAAUGUAGAACAAAUCAAAAUUGUUUCCGAACUCUUGGGAAUCGACCCUUCAGAUCUCACAGAAGCACUGACGUCAAACAGUGUUGUAACGAAAGGUGAAAUCAUCACAAGGAAUAACACCGUUGAAGAGGCCAACUCCACAAGAGAUGCAAUGGCAAAGGCCAUGUAUGGCAGACUUUUUGACUGGAUUGUCAAUAACAUUAACAGACUUCUCUCCUUCUGCAGGAUGGUUUAUGGUGACCAUUUAGCCGUUGGUCUCCUGGACAUCUUUGGCUUUGAAAAUUUCGAGAAUAAUUCAUUUGAGCAGCUGUGCAUCAACAUUGCCAAUGAACAGAUCCAGUACUUCUUCAACCAGCAUAUUUUCACGUGGGAGCAACAGGAAUAUAUGUCGGAGGGAAUUGAGGUUGAUAUCGUUGAGUUUGCAGACAACCGUCCUGUGCUAGACAUGUUCUUGGCCAAACCUAUGGGUCUUCUGGCGCUCUUAGAUGAGGAGAGUCGGUUCCCAAAAGCAACUGAUCAGUCUCUUGUUGAUAAGUUCCAUAAUAAUGUCAAGUCUCAGUUUUACUUGAAACCAAAGGCCCAAGGACUUGACUUUGGAAUCAGACACUUUGCUGGGAAAGUUAAUUAUGAUGCUUCAAAAUUCUUGGAAAAGAAUAAAAACUUCCUUCCCACGGAAGUAAUUCAGCUCUUCAGACAAAGUUCUCAUGACGUCAUUCGGUUCCUUUUCCAGUGCCCUCUAACAAAGACUGGUAAUCUGUACUAUGCAACUCCCAGAUCCUCUCCACGCAGCACUCUUAGCAAGCAAGCCUCCUCAAAACUCGGAGGUAGCACCAAGACUCAGUAUGAUAGUCGUGGAUUGGCCUCCCAAACAAAGGCUCAGCAGACGGUAGCCACCUACUUCAGGUACUCCCUCAUGGAUCUCCUUCAGAAAAUGGUUAAUGGUACGCCACACUUUAUUAGGUGCAUCAAGCCCAAUGACGAAAAGCAGGCAGAUAACUUUGAUAUGAAGAAGGUUCAACGACAACUAAGGUAUGCUGGAGUGAUGGAAACAGUAAGGAUUCGACAGCAUGGUUUCUCUCACCGAAUCCUCUUCGCUGAUUUCUUGCGCAGAUAUUGUUUCUUGGCAUUCAACUUUGAUGAGCGAGUGACUGCCUCUAGGGAGAACUGUCGUCUCCUCCUCCUCAGACUGAAGAUGGAUGGCUGGGCUUUGGGUAAAACCAAGGUUUUCCUCAAGUAUUACCAUGUUGAAUUCUUGGCUAAAAUGUAUGAGAAACAGAUUCGACGCAUCAUCCAAGUACAAGCCUGUGUUCGACGAUGGUUGGCUAAAAUUCGAUACCAGAAGGAAAAGUGGGCACUGGCUCGUUCUGUGAUAACACUGCAAAGGUACGCACGAGGAUGGAUCAUCAGAAAGAAAUAUCAAGAGAGCCUCACAAACCAGAAGAAUGCGGCUCCUAAGAAAGGUCCCGCACCUCCCCCUCCAAGUGAAAGGAAAUUAGUUCAUAAAGAUUCAGCCCAAUGGAUGAAAGCAAAAAUGAUGGGUGCUCUCGGUGCUCAGUCUUCUGUGGAUCAGGAUGACAAAGAAGAGAAGCCAAAGAAGGAAGCUCCAAAGAAGAAAACUUCCAAGACAGGCGCUCCAAAGAAGACAGUCAAGAAGCAUGAGGAUCUGUCAGAGGAAGAGGCGGCAAUCAUUAUUCAGUCUUAUGUGCGAGGUCAUAAUGCUAGAAGAGAGUGGGGUCCGGUUCUGGAGGAGAGAUUAAGUAAAUUGGUUGAGAAACACAUAGACAACGCUGAAGAGGCAUCAAAAGCACUACAGGCAGAGGGCCUAACUCCAGAUGAAGCUGCCAUGAUUAUUCAGAAGUUCUGGGGAAAACACAAGAAAAAGAAAGCUGUUCAGCCAGCACCAAAAUCUGAAAAGCCAAAGCCAAUGGGCAAGUACACCAACAGCAAGAGGAUGACAAGUUUGAUAAUGUUCUCUCAAAGUAUACACAUGUCAAAUCAAGAGGUUCACAAGUACCUUCGACGUCAGAAAGCUGGCAUUCGGAUGGAAGAACUGAAGUCUGCUUCAAAGGAUUACAAAAGACCCAAAGGAUUUGACCAGAUUCCUCAAGUAAUACAUGAACAACGGAAGAGAGGGGCACCUCAGCCGGUAAUUACAGCACCUACAGUUAGUGCAUAUACGUACUUUUACAAGAUGCAUUACCCAUUCACAAAGUUACUGCACUUUUCAAAGAUGAUAUCCCUUCAGAAACUUUGUUUAAUUUCUGAACCUGGCAGCCGACCGGUCAUCAAGAUCACAUCAACAGAUGAGAAAGUUUCAGAAUACUAUGACUUUUUACAAGAGGAGAUGAGGAGUCCAACCCCGGACUUCAAUCCCGACACACCGUGGGAUGCUCCAUUAGCUUCCAAAAUGCAUCAUUCCAGCAGGCAGAGGUCUCAAGGCAAUCAGCCAGCUGAUGUUAACCUUCGGCAAGAGAAACUGUCUAAGGUAAAGGAUGGACUGAAGACACAAAAUAUGGUGAAUAUGGAGCAGUCAGAUUCAAACAUCAAACAAUGGAAGGGUGCUGUAGUUGGCAGUACAGGCGUUCUGCCACCUGAGUUGAACAGAGGGCGUGUACAGUCUACAACCAACAUGCAAGCUGCUUCAGACCUUCGCCAGAUGCUACGUUCAACAGAUCGAAGACAGGCACCACAACCUCAUGCAGAAGGCAGAAAGACACCUGUUGAUAAUGCCCAGGAUGACCCAGGUCCUUUCAACUUCCGCCAGAUGUUGAGGAAGACGAAUUAUGCCCCAACUGACACUAUCAGAAAAAGACAGUUAAAAAGAGAUGGUGUUAAUGGGUAUGGAGCCGAGUACCAAAUGUAGACUUGAAGCAACGUCAGGUUUUACCCACAGAAUAUAAUAAUACCAAGGACAUUUUUGAAUACCAUUUAACAUACAGUAAGUCAGAUUUCCAACUCAUUAAAUAAAAAAUAAUAACACGCCACUUUUGUAACUCCACAACAAAUAUUCCUCAAUGACAAAAAUGGACUUACGAUUAUCAAGGAUUGUGAGGCUUAAGUAAGAAUACUAUGCGGUAGAAACACCACAUCAAAUUCAGGUAAAACUUGUGUGUUAUAUACUCAGUAAAGUGCUAUUUCUAUAAGUACAUGGUUUUAUAUAAUAAGCCAAAUUUAAUUUUAUUUUGAUAUUUUCUAAUGCUGUUUACAGAUCUACACAAUACUCUCACAAAUAUGUGAAAAACAUUGUAUGAAAAGAAGUCUUACAACCAGAAAGUUAGCAAUGUAUUGGCCAAGUGCCCAGUGUGGUUUCAUCAUUCAUUAUUUAUCAUCUUCAUCAUCAUCUUAGUAUAUAAAAUGUUAUGCCUCUGUAGAUAGUACAUUAAUGCUAGUCAUAUUUUUUCCAUUUCCAUAACCUAUUGCAAUAUAGCACCAAAGUCCCAUUACCCCACUAAUCUCUUUAAUGUAUUUAUGUCUAAAGCAAUUUAAGUGAAGUUUUUGUAAAAUCAUCAAAGAACCUGUAAAAGUUGUCAAAAAUGCUGACAAAGCAAGGAUCAUAACUUGGAUUGCCAUUAGUACUUCUUAAAUGUAUUUCUGGUGUUUGUUAGCAUUUUUCAGUUAUGACUCUGGCGACCAUUACCAUUUCUGUAAAUUAUGCUGUAUGUACGUAUUUAGUUUCUAGAAUGCCUUGAAUCUGAUAUGCAACUUUCCAUGAAAAAUAUGCCCCAUUGUAAUAUAGCAGUACUACUUUAUCAAUAAUUCAGCAUUAUUUUUUAUUUGAAAAAUCCCUGAACAAAUAAAACAAAUUUUAUUGAACAUCAUACAGUUAUGAUCAUUUUUAUUUAGAGAACAAUUGUUGACUGAAUACACCAAAAUAAAUCUGUUGAUACUCUA